CAAAAAUACACAUCAUGGAAAUGAAUCAGUGCAACAGGACGCUAAAAUAUAUCAUUGUAAGAGUAGUUACACCAUGGUAUUCGAGUGCACAACAGCCAAAACAUCAAGAAGAGAAAUGAACUCUAUCUGAAGAGAAUUUUUACGGAAGCAGUUAUAGAAAAAACAGCAUACACUUCCAUUUUGGAGAGUUUUUGUGGUUCAUGUCAUAAAUCCUUGAAAGCUUCCACGUGGUUACGGCUCAGGAGAUGAGAAAAACGUGGGGCCAAAGAAAUGAAGCUGUCAGGAAGAAACUUGAAAUACAAGAGCAACAAGUUAUUCCACUUCUCCUGACAACGACAGACUUCUGAGCGGCACCCCACCUUCAGAAUAUCCUUGCUCCAUGGCUCUUCCGACGAUCAUGUCUGUAACGCCGGAAGAUUCGUCGGCAGGAUCUCUACGCUCAAACCCUGAAGCACAGGAAGGCCAUGCCAACAUCACAACUACUGCCAUGAAAUAUACUUCAGUUCCUCCAAGUGGAACCGGGGAUGACGCAAAGUAUAACGUCAUGUUAGUCCUCAUUGGUUUAGUAUUUGGAUUUAUUUUAUUUGUGAUAGUUUGCUUCUGUUACGUUACUAUAAUCCGUUCAAAAUGUCUAACAUCAAGUACGAAAAGCAGGCAAAGAAAAGACAGCGAAGAAAGUGUAGUUUACGAGAACACGAAUGCAAAACAAAAUAAGAAAAGUAGGCAAAGAAAAGACAGUGAAGAAAAUGCAGUUUGUCACAACACGCAUACACACACAAAUGUAUGGAACGGGGAUUCCGUGAAAACACAUAUGUAUCGGCAAUUACCUCAGCUUCCAGUGGAGGCAAAUCCAUCAGUCGACACAGCUGAUGGAGAAGAAAAUGGUUACUUGCUACCAAUCUUACCUUUCCGGUAUAGGUAUGAGAAUGAAAUAAGAAACUUACCACCCGCACCUCCAGUGUUUCCUAGAUAUCUUGCAAAUUUACCAGUUGAAGGAGAAGGAUGUUACAUAUCAGUGAUAUCCGACGACGAAGCCCAACUUUUGCCACCAAGUUCACCGUGUGAAAUUAGUCUUGAUAGAAAUUCGUCUGAAAUAUAUGAAGAAGAUGGUUACGUGCAACCGAGGCAAAUUCGUAACAUUUCUGUCGAGACCAGUUCGAGUGAAGCAGUCUCUCUGAAGAAACUGAAAAAAAAUAAAGACAAUAAACAUCAGAAACCGGUGAGGAUGAGUCCUGAUAUAACAACCCAGAGGGCGCCGAAAGGAAGCCAGGAUAUUUCAGAAUGUAAGUCAUGCAAUGCUAAGGACGGAUCCACCACUAACAUAACAGAAAUCGAGUCAGAAACUUCUAACAAAGCAAAGGACAAAAUAUAUCGCAGUACACUUCAAAUACAGCUGUCACCACCGACACAACCUAGACCUGUUUCCGUUAGUACCAGCAGGGCAACUGGACUUGCGUGUAUACAUACCGAUUAUUAACAAAAAAGUAAGACGUGUUAAUAUUUUCCUCAAAAGCAAAUCUGAAGCCAACACAUGACAGUUUCAGCUUAGAAGUUCAGUACCUGCCCUACCUAACACUAGGCGCUACAGCCCUGGAUGAGCCUUGGCUUCCUCUGCAAUCAGUCCCCACAACUAAUGCGUGUUGC